AUGAACGGCGUUUCUUCUGCGGCGCCGCCAAGGUAUAUCGCAUGGAUCGGUCGUCUGUUUGAUGGAACGGAGCCCAUAGUGCUGGACAGUCUAAAGCAGCACUACUUCAUCGAUCGGGAUGGCCCCAUGUUCCGCUAUAUACUUAACUUCCUCCGGACCUCAAAACUCCUCAUCCCCGAUGACUUCAAAGAAUACUCCCUGCUGUAUGAAGAGGCCAGCUUCUUCCAGCUGGCUCCCCUGCAGGCCGAGCUGGAGCGCUGGAGGACUGAGCGGGAGUGCAGGGGUGUGUGCCUGGAAUGCGAGUGUGUCGUGGUUCACGUGGCGCCGGACCUCGGCGAGAGGAUCAGUGUAAGUGCCUGCCGGGCCGUGAUCGAGGAGGUUUUUCCUGAGGUCAGAGAAGUCGUGUCCAGUUCCCUGAACGCCAGCUGGAACCAGGACUCCACACACAUCAUUCGCUUCCCUCUCAAUGGCUACUGUCACCUCAACUCCGUCCAGGUGUUGGAACGGUUACAGCAGAGAGGGUUCUGGAUCACAUGCUCAUGCGGUGGCGGAGUGGACUCUUCCCAGUUUAGUGAAUACAUUCUACAGAGGGAGGGCCGAGGCAGCCGACAGCCCCCCACCCUCAUCCGAAUAAAACAGGAAGUCAUGGACUGAACUCGAAGGAAAUCCACAUUUUUUGCACACAUAUUAGCAACUGUUCCGUGCAAGUGUUUGGACAGAUUUGACAUUUCAACAUAUUUACUUUAGAAUAAAAGAUGUCUUCUUUGAUACAUUCAUUUC